AUGGCCGCGCCCACGGAAGCUCAGCUCGCUCAUCAGAAGCUCCUGGAGGAGCUUGACACCCACGCGAUCCAAAAGACGUUUCGCAGCGCGACGUGGAAGCCCAACCAGCGCCGCAACAAGAACCUCAAGGCCAUUGUCGGCGACGCCUCUAAGAGAGAAGCGUCGGCGCUGGCGACCCCGGCAGAUCACAGCGGCGCCGCGACGCCUGCUCGCGACGACGGCCUCUCAACGAGCGGCGCCUCGACACCCGCGACCGCGGCCAACACCAACAGCGCGGCGCCCAAUCUGGCGCAGGCAUCCAGCAGCCUGUCGAAACUUGUGCUUGAAAAGAGUCUGAAGCCUCCUGGCGGUGCGGUGGGCAGCGCCGGCGGAGGCAGCACGCCGGCGGCCACGUACACAAACAUCGAAUCGGCGCCAUCACUGGCACACGCGAAGCGGUAUUGCGACGUCACGGGGCUCCCGGCGCCGUACUUUGAUCCAAAGUCGAGGAUGCGCUACCACAAUAAGGAGAUUUUUGCCCUGAUCCGCUCGCUCCCGCAGAGCACGGCCGAGCUGUAUCUCGAGGCCCGUGGCGCGCACACCAUCUUGAAGUGA